CAGAAAAUGGAUAAAGGAUGGGAAGUAAGUGAAGAGCACUACUUGGAACAUUUGAUAUAGAAUCCUUUAUAUUAGAAACGGAAAGGAUAAUAAUAGUCAGAGAAACCAUUUAUGAUUGGGGCUUCGGAAUCUCCAAAAACAAAAUUGAGAUUUCGAACAACAUCAAUGUUAAAAUUAGAUGAAGGUAGCAAACCAAAUUCUCCUAUAAAAAAAUAAACGAUUGAAUUAUAACAUAAAGCAGAAUAAUAAGUAAAAUAGCAAGCAUCACCAAUAAUUAUAAAAACUCCUAUUAGAUAAUAGAAAUUUUAAUUAUAUCCAUAGCGAAUAUCUCUACGAUAAACUCUUUAUUAAAAUCCAAUAGAAGAUAGUAGUCCAAUAAAAUUGGGGAGAACUCUUUAAGCAAAGCAAUUUAAUCCAAUUUUAUAGAAUGUUAAUGAUACUCAUUAUAAUGGAAUGAAAGGAUAAACAAGAUCAGUUAAGAGUGCAUCAAUGAGCAAUUUAUUGAACAAUGAAGAGAGAUUAUUAUACAAAAAAAAAAUUGAAGAUUUUGUAUUCAAAUUGAGACCAUAAAGAAAUGCUAGUAUUUUAUAUGUCAAUUCAUUAAGUUCCUUAUAAACUACUUCAGAUGAUACUGUACUAAGAAAAAUCUAAAAAUGA